CGGUCACCGAAGCGCUCUAGUCGCUACUCGCUCGCUAACUCGCGCGUCGCAAAGUAGUCGUGUUCACGGCGCCACACGAAUAGCACGCGCGGCUCUUUUUAGAACCGGCCGGCACCCGAAUAAUGUUUCAGUGUUUAACAAGCUCAAUCGGAGAUCUCGGUCGAAGUACCGUAUUUAAUUUACACUGUAUAACCAACCGCAUAUUCUCAGUGAGUGUUACGCAGUGUGUAAGAAAAAAACUUUGUCGAAGAUACUGAAGAAUUUUGUGUAAAAUUGUGUAACUCGCCGGCAGAGACCGGUUAGCGUUUUGCACAAACUUUUCGACGGUGUGCGUGGAUACAUCGCGCGCAUCGUCCUUGUGAUAAGAGGGCCCUGUGAUAUCGACGCGUUCGUCUUAGCUUUAACACUAGUUAGGUAUUAGUUAUACAAAAAUGUCGCCCCCAAUAGACGCCCACAUACUGCAUUUGGACGCUUGGGAGAAUCUGGACCAAGAGUCCAUGGAAUUGACACACACUUCGGAAUUCUGGACCCAGGUCCAGUACGAAACGGACAGGCUCGAUCUGAUACCGCCGUCUGACCUCAGCAACCUACUGACGGACAGCGAGAGCGACUGGCGGAUAACUGAGACGCCGGAGGAACCCCACAAAGAUAACAUCGUGCACCACGACUGUAUGUGGGCCGGUUCCUGUAUAGACUCCGUACACCCCAGCAACACAUUCGUCAAGUCGGAACUGAUAUCGCCAUCGCCGGGCCAGAGUCUCCUGCGCCGGGACCAGUCCCCGCCGCGACCGGACACACCGCCCUCACUGGACGGCGACGAGCCCCCGCAGUUCCGGCACGCGGUGGACGUGGCCGGCACCGCCCUGAGGCUGCUGAGGGACUCCGCCGCCGUCGCAGCGGAUCACUCCUACACCCUCGCGCGACAGCACUUCGAUUGCCUCGGGGUUCAAACCCCUUCCGACUCCUGUGAAUCAGAGGAGGAAAUUGAUGUGGUAUCGUUGGGGACAUCCCAGCAGCCGCUGGCCUCAACGUCGCCCGUGAGAGUCGACUCGCUGCCCCGAGCACCUUCCGUUCAGGAGCGUCACCACAUACAGCGCACUGUGGAGAACGUUAUAACGAGACCCCCAGCCAGGAAACGGCUGGUGCCACCUACCAGCAUACCCACGGCCUCCGUGCCAAGGCGGAGGAGAGGUCCCGGCAGACGGGGGCGCUCCAACACAGACACGGACUCGGAGGCCGAGUCUCCGGAGAUCGAACGCAGAUCCAUACACAAUGAUAUGGAACGGUUGAGACGCAUCGGCCUAAAGAACCUCUUCGACGAGCUCAAGAAGCAAAUACCCGCAACCAGAGAUAAGGAGCGAGCGCCGAAGGUCGUGAUACUGCGGGAGGCGGCGGCCCUGUGCCGCAAGCUGCGAGAGGAGGACCUCGAGCGGGAGUACCUUAAAAAACAACAGAAUAAAUUGAUGACCAAACUGAAAAAAAUGCGUACGAUGCUCGCGGCACGAUACCGGCCGUAUUGAGCGGCCCGUCGGACGUCGUGGUAAAGGUUAUUGUAAGAGAGGCAGAGACUUUCGCGUCACACCGGACUCGGCACACGAGUCGUAGGAGCCGCGAAUCAUUUCCGGAUCCAUCCAUCAUCAACGGCCACGAGGACGCCGUCUCUAAUCGACAUGUCUUCGUGGCUUAGUUCAUUGCGAGCGAAGUCUUCACUAACGUGUCAUUAAAAUAUUGUUAAAGUACUAUUUGUAUCAGCUUUUACGGCUUACUCUGCUUCUCUGGGAAUGCGCGCUGCUGCAGCCGCGGCGUGACCUGCGAGUUUGUUAUGCUCAAACGACGUUCGCAGUGCCAAAGUGAGCCAUAAAGCUGUCGUUCAUGAACAUAGGUCUUCAGUAAAAUAAUCUUAAAUAGCUACAGACUGCUUAAUGAACUCAGUAGACUGGUUUUACCUCUAAAAAUAUUUUUUAAAUUUAUCAAAUAAUUUAAAAUUGACAUUAUCAGGUCGGUCGAAUCGAAUGACAUUGUUUAAUUAGUAUUGGACGAGAAGAUGUUUUUUACUGGACACAGCCCGUGCUAUGUACAUACAGACAUGUAGAGUGACGGUAGUCUUGAAUUUAUUAAGUUAGGCUGGCGGAUGUGUAUUGCUGGCUUUACAGAGAGUUCUUGAGGCGCUGGCCAUUAUAUAUGUUUUAGGCCCGGUUCGGAGGAGUUUUGUUCGUCCCGCGUCGCGGCGCGGGGUAGUGAUAUCUAUAUUGUUUUAACUUGAUAUUAUAAUUGUACACUUAGAUAAGUUCGCUUACGGUUUUUGUAGUGUUUUUUUUUUUGUUAUUUUGUAAAUUUUAACACUUUUAAUGUUUAUAUAUAUUUCGACGCGCAAUUAACUCCCGAGUCAAAGUGUCAGUGUAAUAUUUUGAAUUUUUGGUCAUGUUCAGCUAAUUACUUUCGUAUGCACCCAUAUAAAUGCAUUUUAUAACACUUAUCUAAUAAUAUUACAUGAUAUGAUAUGAUAUGAUAUGAUUAUUUUAUAAAAGCGACUGAUUUUUUUCGUAUGAUUCUGGUGAUAAGAAAAUUAUUAGUACGCGCGAUAAAGUUAAAAAAAAUGCACUAUCAUGAAUGUAAAUGUAUCAUAGUUAUUGUUUUGCUUUAGGGUUACACAGAUUUUAAUUUCAACCAUCCUAAGUUAAAUAGAUAUAGAAUUGUUUGUUUUCGUUUAUAGAGCUGAGAUCGGUUCAGAUCCUCCAGUGAAAAUAAUCUCAGUGACUAGCGUUAGAUCACACUCGUUAACACAACAGACUGUGUUUUUUGAUAACAACAUCAGGACCUACGACCACAGAUCGCCUGUUAUUUGGGCUUUAACUUAAAAAAUAACCACGAAAUAGUUCCUCAUAGUACCUACUAAUAGAAAAUUUUGCAUUUUCUUUUAUUAUUAUAUUAAUAUUUUAUUGCAGUAAGUUAGUGAUGUACUCGCGAUAGUUACGAUAGAAUUUUGAAUAAUAUUAAGCCUGGCCGGAAGUCCUCACGGGGUAUACAUAGUUUUUACAUAUAACGGCGCCGUUUUUACUUUUCUCGUCAGGCUCACUGAAGGUUGAUGUUUUAUCAAGACAUGGUCAGCAGAAUUGUAAGUUUGAAGGCUUUAAUUGUGUGCGGAAUGUGCCUUGCUAUGUACAUAUACCAUAUAUAGAUAAUAUAGGUUUAUACUCGAAUUAGUUGCAAGAAAUAUUUUUUUGUGAGAAAUAUUAUCUUAGGUAUAUAGCAUUGUUCUUAUAAGUAGUGGUGCACGACGAGGUUAGAGGUAUCGUGUUAAAGAUUCGCAGUUUAUCUUCCACUAGACGUAAAGUGUACAUAAUAGGGACUAGAUCAUAGUUAUAUGGCAACUUUUUUAUAAACUAGUUUUUUUUCUUGUGUUUAAUUUUUUUUUUCAUAACUGGAGAGUUACGAAUUCUCGAAUGUUGUACCUGCAUUUAAUUUUUUUUGUUAAACUUGACAUAAAUAAUAAAGAUAAUAAUAUUGAUUUAGUCAAAGAGCAACAUUGGCUUCAUACGGUGUUCUGAUGGAAAAAAAUAGUUUUUACAUAAAAGUCAGUAAGUUAAUGGUUUAUUGGUAAGAAAUGACAGCUUUAUAUUGGAUAGACAGAUCGAGGUAAUAAAGGCAAAAAGCAAUGCACUUUAUUUGUGACAAGGCACAUUUCCACCACUGCCAAAUGGAAAAUAUGAAUAGAGAAUUUUUUUACAUAGCAACUUGGUUUGUAUAUUAUAUAAAUAAGGUUGGGAUGAAUAAGUCAUGUUAUAGAUUAAUUUUUAUUACUUUUUCUUUGCAUAGUAUCCGUUUGUAAGAAAUAACAUCUAACCGUCGUUCGGGCUGGGGGUCGUUCGAUGUAAUUUUUUUAAUAUAAUAUCGAUGUAUCGAUAUGACGGGAGUUGAUGGGAGGCCCGUCACUCGAGCGACGGUUGCGUGUACGCCGCUACAGAGAAUGCAGGAUGCAAAAUAGAUUCCGCCUAACAUUAAUGUUGCACUUUGCAAUCUUUGAAGCGGCGUUUAAAAUUACGAUAACAUGUGCACUUACCACUGAGGUUUUUUUUGGAUACUAUUAUUAUGAGGAGAAAAGUUUUUGGUUUUUGUUCCUUAAUUAUGUGUAUCGAAAACAUUAAGAUUAUCAAUAAAUAUGAAAAUAAAGUAUGAAGUCGGACUCUGCAGUGCUCGGAAACGGAUUUAGAUUGUGACUUUUAUACUUUUGGUAUAUAACUUGGGAGGAGGCGACAUUCGCUUCGGAUUCUGUGAUUUAUUUGUACCUGUGUGGUACUCGUGGGAUUCUGUUUUCCUCGCUCUGCUUAGUCCGGCUGGAAAAAAUA